UAAAAAUAUGAUAAAAAUAGAAAGGUAGGCAUCGUCUUCUCCAUAUCUCUCUGAAGUAGCAGUAAUCAGCCUUACAGACAAAAUGGCUUCUUCCAUGGCCUUCCAAGCAGCCUCUUCCUCACCCUCUUCUUCUUUCACCCGUCGAUGGCCUUACGAUGUAUUCUUGAGCUUUGGAGAUCACAAACUUCAAGGAGGAGAUGAGAUUUCACCAACACUUCUCAAAGCCAUUAAAGAGUCAAGAACUUCAAUCGUUGUGCUCUCUGAAAAGUAUGCAUCAUCCACAUGUUGCUUGGCCGAGCUGAUGGAGAUCCUUGAGUGUAGGAAAACAAAGCAACAAAUCGUUCUACCAGUAUUUUACAAAGUUGAUCCAUCGGAAGUACGGCAUCAAAUAAAAAGUUUUGGUAAAGCAUUGGAUAAACAUGAAGAGAGAUUCAAAGAGGAUACAUUCCAGAGAUGGAAGGCAGCCCUGAAUAAAGUGGCCAAUUUGUCAGGGUGGCAUUUACAGAAAAGUGGAAGGAAUGAAUCUAAAUGCGUCCAUGAAAUUGUUCGAGUCAUCUUAAGAAUAGUAAGUCAUACAUACUUAAAGGUCGCCAAGUAUCCAGUUGGAUUAGAGUCUCAUGUACAAGAAAUCAAUGCACUUUUAAAUAUUGGGGAGAGUGAUAUACGCAUGUUAGGAAUCUUUGGAGUUGGUGGAAUUGGUAAAACAACUAUUGCCAAAGCAAUCUAUAACUCGAUUGCUUAUCAGUUUAAAGAUAGUUGUUUUCUUGCAAACGUUAGAGAAUCUUCAAAUAAAGAGAGUGGCUUGGUUCAAUUGCAAGAGACACUUCUAUAUGAGAUUAUAGGCGACUCAAGUUUGAAGGUUGGUAAUAUUCAUCGAGGAAUCAACGUGAUAAAGGAAAGGCUUUGUUGUAAAAGGAUCCUUUUAGUUCUUGAUGAUGUGGAUCAGUUGGUCCAAUUAGAAAUAUUAUCUGGAAAAAAAGAUUGGUUUGGUUUGGGAAGUAGAAUUAUCAUAACAACUAGAGAUGAACAUUUACUAACUAAGCAUAAAGUUGAUUUAACAUACAAGAUGAAUGAAUUGGAUCACAAAGAAGCUCUUCAGCUCUUUAGUCGACACGCCUUCCAAAGUGACAUACCUAAUGAUGAAUUUGUGGAAUUCACAAAACUUGCAUUACGUUAUGCUGGGGGCCUCCCACUAGCUUUAGAAGUGCUGGGUUCAUAUCUAUAUGGAAGAGAUGCACAUCAUUGGAAAAGUGCAUUAGAAAAGUAUAAAAAAAUUCCUGGAAAAGAUAUUCAUGAAAAACUUAGAAUAAGUUAUGAUGGGUUGGAGGAAAGUGAGAAGAAUAUCUUCCUUGACAUUGCAUGUUUUUUCAAAGGAGAGGAUGUGGAAUAUGUCUCUAAAAUACUAGAGAGUUGUGGUUUCUUUCCAGAUAUUGGUAUUAAAGUGCUUAUGGAGAAGUCUCUCAUAACUAUGGAUGAUGAUAGAUUGGUCAUGCAUGACUUAUUGCAAGAUAUGGGUAGAGAAAUUGUUCGUCAAGAAUCACCAAAAGAACCUGGCAAACGUAGCAGGUUGUGGAUUCAGGAAGACAUUCGUCAUGUGCUAGAAGAAAAUAUGGAAACAAACAAAAUUGAAGGCAUAUUGAUAGAGUUGCCUGAACGAGACUUGAUACAGUUGAGUUCCAAAGCCUUUAUGAAGAUGAAAAUGCUCAGAUUGUUUAUAAGUCGUAAUGCAUAUUUUUCCGGAAGGCCUAAUUAUCUCUCUAAUGAGUUAAGAUUGCUUGAUUGGGCCGAAUGUCCUUUGCAAUCUUUGCCAUCUAAUUUUCAUGGAAAAAAACUCGUUGUGUUUAGAAUGCAUAAUAGCCUCUACAAGGAACCGGAUGAGGGAUUCAAGAAUUUUCAAAACAUGAAGAUUAUGGAAUUCUCUGAGUGUCAUUUUCUAACAAAAAUUCCGGAUAUGUCAAGGACCCCAAAUUUAGAGAAAUUAUCGCUUUUUGAAUGUGAAAGUUUAGUUGAAGUUCAUGACUCAGUUGGAUUCCAUGAUAAGCUUGCCUCUUUGACAAUUAUGAAAUGCUCAAAUCUUAUCAGCUUGCCAAGAAGCCUCAAGUUGAGAUCUUUAGAAGCUCUUUACCUUGAUGAUUGCUCAAGCCUUCAGAACUUUCCUGAAAUUGAUAUAGAAAUGGAAUGCUUAAGAUACAUUUCAUUCAGCGACAUUCUUAUAAAAGAUCUGCCUUCAUCCAUUGGGUAUCUCACUGGGCUUCGCCAAUUAUAUAUAAAGAAUUGCCCAAACCUUAUGCAUCUCCCAAGUAGCAUUCUUCAAUUGCAACAUCUUGAGGAACUUUCUAUCGAAAAUUGUUCAGAACUUUUCAAGCUUCCAACUAAGGUGAGGGAUGAAAGACAAUCCUUGCCCUCAAUUGUGUCCAUAAAGGAAUCUGAAAUUUCAUCAAGUACAGAAUUACUGUCGUUGCUACCUCCAACAAAUGCAAGCAAUUUAGACAAUGGUUGUUCCUCAACAGUGUUUCCAGCACUGAGAGAUUUGGAUCUUGACAACUGUAUGCACUUAUCAAAAUCAGAUUUCCUUGACAUACUUGAUUGCUUUUCCGCUUUGGAACGCUUAAAUCUAUCUGGGAGUGAUAUUGUCAGUCUUCCUACAUGCAUCAAAAGCUUUGUUAGAUUGAGGGGCCUUCUAUUGAAUGAUUGCAAGCAACUUCAAGAAGUUCUAGAACUUCCACCAAAUAUAGAAAGUAUAAGAGCUAGUGGAUGCGUUUCAUUGGAAAGUUUUCCAGAAGUAUCAAAAAAAUUUCAGUUCGAUACAAGCGAGUUACGAGCGUUAGAUUUGAUUGACUUGUCUAGAUGCUACAAAAUGCUUGUGAAUAUAGGGAAUCCUGAGGCAAAUCCUUUAUCGGAUGAGGAACACCUGAAGGACUACUUUGGUGGCAUUAUAUUUCCGGGAAAUAAGAUUCCAGAUUGGUUCAGCUAUCGUAACGAGAAUUCAAAUAGAAAGUGGUGUGAAAUAGAUAUUACUGGGGUCCUGUAUUUGGAUGAGAUCACAAGAAUUGCUUUUUGUGCUGUUAUUGGACCCAUUCCUGCAAUCUCCCCUGAAGACGGCAUUCUUAAUGUUGAGGUUAGCAUCACCGGUAAAGGUUGCCCAACUUAUAUUGCAAGAGUUACAAUUAAUUAUUUAAUGAACUCAGAUCAUGUAUGGCUGGAGUACUCCACUCUAGAAUUUUCUGAGCUGGAGGCGGGCAAUCUGGGAUUUGAGUUUUUUGUUGAUUCACGUUCAUUGUUCAUUAAAAGUUGUGGAGUCCAUCUGAUACUCGAUGAGGAUGUUGAUGUCUAUUCGGAUGUAGCUGAUGAAGAAAUUAAAAAUUCAGGAGAUUCAAUCGAUGGUAUUCAACCCUCCAAGAGGCAUCAUGAUGAUGAUGAUGAUGACGACGAUUGUGACUUGGAAUCCAAUUGGUACACACAACAUAAGAGGCUUUCUUCAACCUUGGGUGAAUCACAACUAAACCAAUCAGGUAACUCCCAACGCUAAAACCUGCCAGCAUUUUUUAGCUGAGCCAAUUCAUGGAGAUGGAUUUGGAAGAAACUCCUGCUCUCCAUGGAUACCGUAUGCCUACUGAGUGGGGAACCCAUUCACAAUGUUAGAUGGGUUUGGCCUGUGAGUACAUCUUGUGGUUUUUUAGAACAUGUUGCUUCAGCUUGACUUUGAGAACAAGGAGACGAUUGAUUACUAAUUAGUCUUAAUGGUUUAAUUAGAAAUCAAUUAUGUUUCUAACCAGCUCUUGUAUCACCACAACAACGAGGUUUGAUAAUUGUGGCAUAUUGGUGGUUCUGUCUCCUUUCAUAUGAAAUGAUGCUCGGGAGCUGCAUGGUACUGCCUUAAUAGGGGUGUCAAAAUUUUCUGCCUUUGGACCACCGAGUGCCGACCGGCCUGCCAUCGACACAGUUCCGAAUCCGUGUAGGCCGUUUUCCGACGCAAGUGGGCGGAAUUUUGUUUUUAGUUUCCGAACCCUUUGGCCCUUGUUUAAUUCAUAAAUUCCUAGAAACCACAGUACCUCAAUUCAAGUAGAUACACAACUGAUGUUAUGUAUUCACUAUUGCUUGUCUUCUUUAAA